AUGGCUCCCAACCGGACGACUGUGGAGAACAAGGCCCCCCAGAUGGAAUCGUCCGAGAACAAGCCAGUGUCUGGAUGGCGCAAGAUGCCCAAGUCAAAGACAUUCGGUGUCUUUUCCAGCAUCUCGCAGUCUCUCUCCCGCAUUUCACUUGGGAGCCAUGCUACAAACAGCAGUCUUGGCCGCAGUCGGAACGUCAGCGGCUCGUCGUCAGGCACUGCUGCCUCAAAAGUUUCGAGGGUCCCUGUUCCCUCAUUCAUGAGGAAGUCACCAGAGGUCGACCAGACUACGGCCGUACUAGAUCCAGUUUCGACAACUACAACUAUAAAGCCCUCGAAGCUGUCAGGACCUAUAUUUAAGAAGAAUCCUAGCCAUGGCAGCCUAGAUGACGAUAGAGCUGAAUCAGGUUCUCGGCCGCAAACGUCGUCACCACAACCCGACCCCCGAUAUGUCACUAAGGCAAUGCCGCCGCAAUACUGGGCAGGCAGAUAUACAGGCCUGCGUGACAAAUUCCAGAAUGAGCUGCUAGAGAGUGAUAAUAUGAAAAUCAUCAUAGAAGCACAUUCGGCGAGAUCCUCAGCGAGGAAACAUAACCUCCCAAACUCAGUUGAGCCCAUCCCCUCAACCAACAUGCUCAUCAACCCAUCAACUUCAGCGUAUGCUCUCACCAGAAUUAUGCCGACAGCCCGUCCUGUAAAUUACGAACCUGCCUACCAGUAUCGGAAGGGCGCCGACAAUAGUGCCACCCGUCCAAUCCGUCGUAUUCCCCAGUCGGCAACGAGCAGUGCUAUCCUAGAGACACCUGCCAGCAAGUACAUGAGCGACGUGAGAGCCCUUUCUCCACCAUGUCGCCACGAUCAGUUUGACCAUAAGCCGCUGCCCAAAGAGCCGUCGUAUGCGGAAGAGGCACUGUCUAAGCGAGAACUGCCAUUACCGUCUUCUCCUUGGAUUAUGCUGGAGAGGUACGACCGAUACAGCCUCGACUCCGAGAAUAACCACAGCCCCGUUCACCAUCCACUAAGAGGACGCGUCAGUGGCGACAGAGGCAUUGAUCAAGGCCGAACCGGGAUGGUGCGUCAGGUCGCAGCGGCAGACGCUGCGCAGCUAAUGGAUGACGAGGCUCGCGAUAGUCGCGUAUUUGUGCAGUUGGGGUCAUUCUGCCCCACGACCAAGGCUCGCGAAUCGUUGCAUGCGUGGCAGCAAGAUUAUGCCAGGCGAGUCAACAACGAGAAGCUUCUGCCACCCGGUGGCACUAUGGUCGAUGAUGCGGCGGCUGGUAAAGCAGAGGUCAAGGCGGGCCUUGCUCAAGUUAGCCGUUUCUUCACUGUCAGCCGGAGAAGCUCGGGAUCCGGAGUAGGAGCAACGGAUAUUGCACAGGUGACGAGUGAUGCGUAUCAGAUGAACCCCGCCAAGCCAAUGAAACGUGGUCCAGAGCACCAAUACGUCAGUUUUGGAGCCGUUGUGGGAGGAGAGCCAGAGGUUACACAAGCGACCAGCGACAUCUACCCGGCGGCCCACAACAACAUCUUUGAGCGUGUCCGAGAGCGUGCUCAAGAGCGCUAUCGGGCUAGCCAUGGGGCCGUUGGGGGAGGAGAAUCGGAUAUCACGGAAGCCGCGAAGAGUAUCUACCCGGAUAUCUACGAUAAGCGGCUCGAUCGUGCUCGAGAGCGCCAACGCGCCAGCUUUGGAGCAGUUGAAGAAGGAGAAUCGAAGGUUGCGCAGGCGAACAAUAUCCACCCGACUACCCACACCAGCAUCUUUGAGCGUGCUCGAGAGCGCUAUCGGGCUAGCUUCGGAGCCGGUGAGGGAGAGGAAGCCGGUGUCACCGAAGGCAAGAAGAAUGUUUACCCGGAAAUUUAUAAGAAGCGGCUUGAUCGUGCCCGAGAGCGCGAGCGUCAACGCGCCAGCCUGGCAAACACCAAUGACGUCUCUGACCUUCGCUACGAGCCGAGGGAAAGUGGGAUCCCCAAGAUCGAGCGCCGAGUUAUUAAGCGCGGAAACAACGAUGUUGACAGCGCUGGAGCAACCAACAACCAGCGGGGCCGAAGCUUCCGGAUAAGCAUGAAUUAGGUUCUUUGUGCCUUUCUUCCUUCUCCCAUACGUCUUACUCGCCAGGCAGAUUUUGAGGCAUAUUUCGGCGUCUAGAGUCUAGUAGCGU